AUGCGCUCCAAGUUCAAGGACGAGCACGAGUUUGCCAAACGCAAGGCUGAGGCCGAGCGUAUCCGCGCAAAGUACAACGACCGCAUUCCAGUCAUCUGCGAGAAGGUCGAGAAGUCAGAGAUCGCGACCAUCGACAAGAAGAAGUAUCUCGUCCCGGCAGAUCUGACAGUCGGCCAGUUCGUGUACGUUAUCCGCAAGCGUAUCAAGCUGUCGCCAGAGAAGGCCAUCUUCAUCUUCGUCGACGAGGUGUUGCCACCGACCGCUGCCUUAAUGUCGAGCAUCUACGAGGAGCACAAAGAUGAGGACGGAUUCCUUUACAUCACCUACUCUGGAGAGAACACCUUCGGAUUCGAGGAGCUAGCCUAA